CCGGCGCCCGCUCAUUGUGGAAGCUACCAUGGCGGUGCGCGCAUGCGUGUUAGCAAUACUUCUAUCAGUCUCAGCAGUAGCGUCGCGGGAGUGCAUAGAACUCACCUUACCAGAAAACACAUUCAAUGGAACAGUUUUCAACUCGACUUUUUUGAGGGUGAAAAAUGAGACAGUGCGACAGAGUGCUCAGUUCAAUGUUCUGCAGCUGUGGGACCUGUUCCCGAAGGUUCCUGUGCCGAGGAAUGGGACGACGCAGCAGUGCCGCCGGGACAGCCAGCUGUAUCUGGAGAGCUUGGACCGCCUCGAGCUGUGGGCGCUAAAAAUGUUCGACGCGACGGCAAAACUCCCGUCGGGAAUUUUGAACGGCAACGGAAACCAAUAUGGCGACUUUGACGAAUGCCUCAGCAUAGAUGGCGCUGUGCGCGGGAAGUAUUGCCUCGCCUCUUUUGACAUCACCCUCGGUGGAGACGACCACAUGGACCAGCUGGACUACUUGGUGCACAGCGGACAUUACAUUAAGAGUAAUUUGACAGAUAUGGGCCACCGCCUGCCGCGGUUUUCCAGCCUGCUAUACGGAGUCUGCAUGCCGAGCUCAUGCAGCAGCUUCGACCUCGAGGACGAGUUGUCCCACCGCCUGGCGGGCCUGGGCGUCAGGGUCAAGGUCCACAACACCAUGUGCACCGUCAAGAAUGUCAAACGACCGUACUCGUUAGGAAAGACGCUCUCUAUCACAUUUUUCCUGGCAGUAAUACUGCUGCUCAGUUUGGGGACUAUUCUCGACGAGGGCACCGAGGCGGCGACGAACUUCGAGAAAUUAUUGAAUGCAUUCUCACUGAAAAGGAACUUUCGAAAACUAUUCGAUUUGAGCGAUUCACAGACGAGAAUAAAGGGGCUGGAUGCUUUUAGGGGUCUGAAUGCCCUGGCGCUGCUCAUUGCGCAUAAAUCCAUGGCCCUCGCGCACAACUCUUAUGUCAACAAACUCACCAUGUCCGAGGUGUUCGGCAUGCGGUGGGCCGUGAUUGGUCGCUCGGCGAUCCUGUACACCGACAGCUUCCUGUACCUGAGCGGGUUCCUGAAUGCUCACAACCUGCUGAGCGAGCUCGACCGGAAGGGCACCAUCGACAUCAAGAGCAGGCUCAUCUCCAGGUGGUUCAGAUUGUUCCCGCUAUUCCUGAGUCUGAUGCUGUUCUGUACCUACAUCCUGCCGGAUGUGAACUCCGGGCCGCAGUGGAACCUGGUGGUGGAGGAGCACAGCCGCGUCUGCGAGAAGAACAUGUGGAAGAGCUUCCUCUUCAUACACAACUACUUCGGCUUUGAAGAUAUGUGCCUGACCCACACGCAUCAGAUCGGCAUGGACAUGCAGCUGUACGUGGCCACACUACCGCUGAUGCUGCUGCUGUGGAGGUCCAGGACCGUGGGCUGGUCCGUCAUGUUCGCCAUCGCGGCUGUCUCUACCGUGCUCCGGUACAUGGCCAUCUACUGGCAUGAUAUCAGCAUGGUCGUGUAUUAUGGUGUUUCAGUGUCUAAACUGUUGGACGCAGCAAGGCUCUGCUACAUCCUGCCGACCCACCGAGCCACUAUCUACUUGAUCGGGGUGCUCAUGGCAUACUUACUCAAGACUAAGAAGAUAUCCAUCAAACUCUCAAGCGCGCAAAGGACCCUUCUCUGGAGCUUCUGCCUGGUGGUGGCUGGCUCCACCAUCAUCAGCCCCUACGAGAUGGGGGUCCCGGGCUACCAGUUCCAGCACCUGCCUGCCGCCAUCUUCGCCGCGCUGUCGCCCAUCCUGUGGGGACUGUUUAUGAGUGUGGCGCAUUGGGCCAUCUGCAAUGAUUAUGCUGGAAUAGGCACGUCAUUCGUGGAGUCUCGAUUCUUCAAGUUCUUCAACAAGAUCGCGUACGGCGUGUACCUGACGCAGUUUCCCAUCUUCUUCUACCACGUGGGCAUACAGAGGAACGCCGACUACUACUCGCCUCUGUCCUUGUUCAACAUUCCAGAAAUGCUAGUCGUAUUCGCCGUGUCGGUGCUGGCCACGGUCGCCAUUGAGAUGCCUUUCAACGAGGUCUACAGAAUAUACUUCGGAAAAUCACAAACGAAAUUAAAGGACAAAUGAAACAAACAAAAUCAAGUAUGACUGUGAAAACUGUAUUAUAUUUAGUUGUAAGAUUUUAUGAAGCUUAAAGAGCCAAAACAUCACUUAUUUUGUAUGUAUUUUGUAGCUGUUUUUAUACGUUGAUCGGAUAAUUAGACUAUAAGAUUGAAUAAGUUAUUAAUUAUAAUGUAAUGCCAUAAUUA